CCAUUCGGCACGCUCCGCAACCAAAAAGAGGCGCCUCAGCCACUCCUGACGUAGCCGACUAGGCUAGCGGCAUUCACGCUUAUUUGGGGUUUUGCAGAAGCUGGUUGCCACCCUGUUAACGGAAGAGUCACCAGGAGAAAUUUGGGAAAAUGUCUUCACCAACUCAAUUAGAAGAUGAUGACGAGAUGGAAGAAGUGGAGUGUGUAUCUGAAGGCCCUUUUCGACCAGUACUGGAAUGCAUUGACCUGCUGAGUGACAGUGAGGAUGAGGGAUGCUCGUCAUUUGCUGGCAUGCUUGAAGACAAAAUCAACCAACACAAAGCUCAUGUAACGUCUACACUCGACAGACUGGCACAUAAGGUAGCCCAGGAGAAAAAAGAGAGAGCAGAUAAAUGUAAAGCAUUUAAGGAAAAACAAAUCUUGCAAAAAGCUCAUGGGCAGCAGGAGUUGGCUGGUUCAAAUGGCGUAAGCAUGGAAGCAAAGCGCUGUGUGGACAUGUGGUUGAGGAUGCCAGGCCUUAAACCUGGAGUGAUCAAUGCUGGUUUAGGAAGAAGACGGACUCAUGCUGCUUUCCCUAGAAGCAGUUCAACUGGUCACACCUGUCCAGUGAUUAACUGUGGUCGAGUUUAUGAGAAUGUUUCCCUUCUUGAUGGGCACUUGAAACGGUUUGAUCACUCUCCAUGUGACCCAGCAAUUCACCUCAGAGGAAGUCCAUCCGAGUUCUUUGCCUGCGUUGCCUGCAGUCUGCACUUUCAGACCAAAGAAGAAUGGAAAAAACACCUUGACUCCAAGAUAUCCUCCUCUUGCACUGAUAGUCACAGCUUGGAUCAGACUUAUCAACGGAUUGUUUGCUUUGCCUGUCCUGCAUGCUACCUCAUCUUCAACUUAAGAGAUGAAUGUCUUCAGCACAUGUCGGACAAAAACCACUUCACCGAGUCUCUUGUUAUGAGCGAAAGCAAAGGAACAGCACAGCCAGUUCCUGUCCCACAACACGUGAAGAAUCGUGUCAUCGCUUUGUGUAAGGAUGUACCAUUCAAGGUCCGCUGCUCCUUAUGUCACCAAGUGCUGAUCUCCCAUCAAACAGCUCAAGCUCACUUUAAUGUGCACUGCAGGCAAGGCUGUGCUGUGGCCAAGUCUGACAAAACCAUCGUGGACGUUAUGAAACAGCUUCAAGUGCGAGGCCAGUGCAUUCUCUGCUCCAAAAUCUUUCUCCGCCAGGCUGAAAUCGAAAGACACAAGGAGUCGAUGCUACACGAAGUUGAGGUCAAUCAAACUAUGGCCAAAGCACUCCUUCAGUACAGCAGGUUUGUUGAAAUUCAACAAACUCAGAGAAAAGCAGAGGACCCGGAGAAAACAAUAUCAUCUGGCCUUGAGGUUCAGUUUCAAAAAAGAAACAAGGGAGUGAGUGACUGCGAUGGAUUUCCAGCCAAACGGCAAAGAUUAAGCCAGAGUGGGAACGCCAACAGCAGCAGGACCUCAGUGACGGCUUGGUUCUGUGAGUGUGGCCUGCAGUUUUCUGAGGAGGUCAACGCUAGCAAGCAUCUACUGGCUGUAAACCAGAUUUUCCAUCAGUGUGGCGUGUGUGGCAAACACAUGGGAGAGUUUUCAGUCGCUCGCCUCCAUAUGAGUCGCUUCCACGGGGGAGCGCACCUCUCCAACUUCCUGUUCUUCUGCCGCAAAUGCAAAGUGGAAAUGCCCCGGAAUGAAGAUAUCUUGCUGCACGUGUCAGAAGUCCACAGAGGUCACACCUAUUUCACUGAGAGAGAGGUUUCCUACGAUCUAGCGUCAGUCCUUGAUGCCAAACCUUCCACUAGCAUCGAAGUCGGUUUGCCCUCACGCUCUGCAUCUAAAGUGCGGCGUGACACAGUAGAGACAGAAUUUUCGACAGCGGGACACACAUGGAUGUGCAGGAUGUGUGAAGACAUCUUUGACUCUGAAGCGAGUGUCUUCAAACACUGCAGCGAGGUGAGCAGUCACAGCUUUCAGAGAUUCAUCUGUGGACACUGCCCACAAAAGUUCUUCAAAGAAUCCACCGUGCGGCGGCACUGCAGGAACGAACACGGCGGCCAGAUAAAGAGUUCCUACUUCUGUGGCCUCUGUGACAGUAUGCAGUUUGACACUGAGGAAGAGUUUAUGGACCACUACAGGAAUCUUCACAGUAAGGACUAUUACUGUAUGGAUGAGCCUGAAGUUCUUCGGCCUUCUGCUGCAGAGGAAACCAGUCAGCAUGCAUGUCUGUGUAUGGGUGGAGAAGGAUUUAAAGAGGAAAAGAAAGCGACUUAUACUCGGUGCAUGAGAAAUCUGGCCGCCGAGGGAAGAUGUCAGUACAUGUGUGCUCCCUGCAGUGUGUCUGUGCCGUCUUAUGCACAGAUGAAGACUCACAUCCACACAAAACAUGCAGCCUUGAACCUGGAUAAGACCUUUGACGUAGUGUGCCAAGAGUGCCAGGAGAGCUUUAGGGGUGUGCCGAGGUUCCAUAAACAUUAUCAUUCCCAGCACUGCACACUGGAACCAUGCCUGAGCUCCAGAGGGUGCAUGAGGGACUCCAAACCACAACCUAAGAUUGCAAAGAUAAUAAAUGCUAUUGAGAUCAAACCAAGAAGUGAUGAGAUUGGAGACGAAUCCCUGGUGAAGAUUUUAAACACCAGUAAAGCCAAUGAAGAGGAUGAAGAAUUGCAUCGUGUGCUGUCUUUGAGCGCAGAAGAAGCAAGAGAGUCUGUAAGAGAGUCUGCUGAUUUGGAGGAAGCUGUACAAAGAAGUCUUUUGGAGUUCUAAGUACUUUAAACCUUUGUUUAAUGGCCUGCUGUUGAAUAGACUUUUCUAAGUUUUGAACUCGGUCAUUGUAGUCUCAUUUAAUAAAUAAAUGUUUCUUGUUA